AUGGAGAACUUCGAGGUGCGAGCAAAGUCGUUCACUAUCAAGUGGGUCAAAGCUCCGGACAAUUCAGUUGUGAAAUGGGAACUAAAACCGUUGAAACGAUCUGUUAACUUUGGAAUUUACGAAUAUAACAAAGCAGACUUCCCAGCUGCUUCGACAGCUCCAAAUUCCUCUUCAACAACACUAUCAGAGAAUUUGAGCCUCGAUGAGGUUAACGAAGUCCCACACAAGAUGUUUGGGGUGCUGCAUCAGAAUCUACGCGAAUUUUUCGAGUCCCUUGCAUCUCAGACUCCAGACACUCCUUUAACUCCCAAUGGACCAUCGACGGGACCACUUCCAAGACAAGAUACGGCGAUAUCUACAAGCUCUGAGAAAAGAAAACGUUCAGAAAGCCUUUCGUCUCUCCACGAUUCUCGAACUCUCUUGGAAGAAAAGUUAGAUAAACACCUGGUAAAAAAAGAAUGGAUCGGAAGGUGUCAAGGAGACGAGCUUGUUACAGGAACAUUCGAGGUAGGAUCUGGGUCCCUUUUUGCAUUCAUCUUCGACAAUACUUUCAGCAGACACAAAGCGAAAACAAUUAUGUUUAAUCAAUACAUUGAAAUGAACGGACUAGUGUAUCAGGCAUCUGAAAAUCCACAGCUAUCGUCUUCCUACCAGCUGAAUCCCAUAAUCGAACAAAAGAGGGUGGACGAGAGGGAGGUGACAAGACGGCUUGAGACUGCCAGUGCGCCUGUUGGACAUACAAGCGGCGGAGUAGUCAAUGGAAAGGCUUCCGUUGUCUCUGCGCCCCUACAGAAUCAUGUGAAAUUCAGCGUCCCCGAAAAUGAGAUAGCCUCCAAGUCGAAGAACGUAUCACUCUUGAGGGUAAAAGGUGGACAGUACCUCCAGGGAUUUUUGCUCAAGAAGAAACGCAGACGGGGAGGAGCAAAAAGCUUUGCCAGAAGAUACUUCGUUCUCAAUUUCAAGUACGGAGUGCUGGACUACUACUUCAACGACGUCACGAAUCAUGUCCGUGGUAAUAUGUUCAUCAGAAACGUUGUCAUCUCAGCCGAUCCGAAGCAGUUAAUGAUGUUUCUAGAUUCUGGGAUUGAACAGUGGAUUUUGAAAGCAAUGAACCAGGAAGAUUUCAAGAUCUGGGUUCAGGCCUUCAACUUCAUCAAAAGGCAAAACAAGCUCAUACGGCAAAUGGACAUUCCGGAGCACGAUGCAUUCCUAUCGGCUCCUUCUCCCAUAGAGGCCCAGGAGGAUCACAACGGAGCUACUCUUGAUGAUGAAAUUCGGGUGGGGAGAACACUUUCAGUGAUAAAUCCUCAGUACAAGCUCGUUGAGCAAAAAAUUUCACAGAUUAAGGAGAUGGCGGAAAAUCUUCAAGCGCAGGCAAAGCAGCAGAGGAAAGUAAGCAUGGAUAGAAGAGGUUCAUUCUUCCGCAAGAAAAAUAAAAAAGAGCAGAGUGACGAUCAGCUGGACCAGGAAAGCAUAACUGGUUCGGCCACAGCCUCGUUGCACGGCGGAUCUCUAUAUGACAGCUUGGUUUCUGAAAUCAGAGAAUUGCAAAUUCAAUAUAUGUUGCUGGUCAACACGGAAACUAAUAGGGGAUUUAGUAGGCCUCCGCAAUCUCCAUCGAGAAGAACCCUUACAAGGACAAACACAGCUACCACCUCUGUAUUUUCCCAAGAAUUUUUUGAUGCGCAAGAAUACAUUGAUGAAAUGAACCGUUCUGUCUAUUUGGUCCACUCCACUGACGAGGACGAUAGCGAAUGCGAGAACAAAUACGACGAUGCCAGCAUGUCGAAUAUAUUUGACAAGCCGCCUUUUGGGCUCGCAAUGGAUAACAAUCUUUCGAACUCAACGUCUUCGUCGGAUGAAGACGACAGCGAUCAAAAAGAAACGGUGAUCAAAGCUGGAAGACGAUUUCCUGCUCGAGAGGACCUUUAUCCUUUGGAAUUAGGGAAGUCUGUGCAAUAUAGAAAGGAUAUAAAGGAGAGCUCCUGCGAUCCUCCGUCCUUGAUCGGGUUUUUGAGGAAAAACAUCGGAAAGGACUUGUCGUCCAUAUCGAUGCCAGUUUCAGCCAACGAGCCUCUCUCCUUCUUACAGAAGUACUCAGAAAGCUUUGAGUACACACAUCUGUUGACAGACGCAAUGAAAGCCGCGGACUGCGGCCAGAGGGUGCUACUGAUUGCGGCCUUUGCCGUGAGCUAUCUCUCCUCGUUGAGGGUCAAAAUCAGGAGCGUUAGAAAGCCAUUCAACCCACUUCUCGGUGAAACUUUUGAGCUUGUGAGAAAUGACUUGGGGAUCAGACUAAUUGCCGAGAAACUCGUUCAUAGACCAUUCAUAGUUGCUGCACAUGUGGAUUCAAAGGACUGGACCAUUGACCACGUCCUCUCGCCUCAACAGAAAUAUGGCGGAAAGUCUGCCGAAGUCUCCAUAAUUGGAGAGCUGACCUUGAGAUUUAGAAACGGCGAGAUUUACAAAUGGAGUCAGCCUACGACUCUUCUUAAGAACCUCAUCGCUGGCGAGAAGUACUCAGAACCUUGUGCGCCCGUUACUGUCAGUUGCAGUAGCGGCUAUAAAGCAAUUGUGAAUUUCAAGGCAUCUGGAAUGUUUUCCGGACGUUCUGAGGAGCUGACUAUCAAAGCCUACGAUAAUGCAGGCAAGAAGCUUCCAAAAGAAGUGGUUGGUACGUGGACACACAGUCUUAGAUACACAGAUACUGGCGAAUGCUUGUGGAGAGUUGGAAACUUGGUGCCAGAUUAUCAAAAAAAGUAUGGAUUCACCGAGUUCGCGGCCAGUCUUAACCAGAUUACCGAGAUAGACGAGGGCUGUGCACCGACAGACUCAAGACUGCGUCCAGACCAGCGCAAAUACGAGAACGGUGCUGUUGAUGAGGCAGAGAAGCUAAAGCAGCAUUUAGAGGAAGAACAGAGGAAGAGAAGAAAAAACACAGACGGGACAGACGCUGUGCAUGUACCGGCAUUUUUCAAGAAAACUGGCGAGGGCGAUUACGACUGGAGCUUCAUUGAAGGGGAGCACAGCUACUGGAAUCGCCGCAAGAGAAAUGAUUGGAACGGCCUUGUGAAGUUGUGGUAG